UCUACAUAAAUGGUCAAGGGAGAGAGAGAGAGAGAGAGAGAGCAAUAAUUGAGAUAAUUACGAAAAAGAAACAGUUAAAACAAUCAAUCUAUUAAUUCAGUUUGUUUAAAAAGGUUUCAUCCAUUGGUUGGUUAAGUUUUCUUGACAAUUUCUAUUAUUUUUUUGAUUGUGUUUCCAAUUUCAUUGUUAUUUCGUGUUGACUUUCAAAUUGUUGUUAAUUGUGUUUAAAUUUUUUCGCCAACUUGUUGAUCUAACAAUAUAAAUCUUCAUUUAGAAGAUUAAUCUUGUUGAUUACCAAUGGAUUCCAAAUUGUUCUGGUUAAUUUAUUUAUCGACUUAUUUGUGUUUAUCAAAUUGUAAUAAUGUUCAAAAUGUGACAAUUGAAUCAACGACCAACGGAUUAAAUUCAUCCAUGUCUUCACCAUUAUCGUCAACAAUUAAGACUAAUUCAUCAAUUGCUUAUGAAUUAUUAUCAACAAAAUCAACUGAGAACAAGGAAACAAUUGGUCAACUCGUUGGGAACAAAACCAGUGAUGGUCAAUUGGAGGGCAAAGACAUUCUGAAUGGUCAAGAACAGAGACAAAAUCAAUUCACCCAAGGAAGAGGUCCACCCAAUAGGUUUCCACCUCAAUAUCAAGGUAAUUACAAUUACGGACCUCAGGGUGAUAAUUACAAUCGACAACAAGGUUUACCUAAUCCACGACAAUCUAAUUAUGGUAAUCAAGCUAAUCAACAAGGAUCACAAUUAAAUAGUCCUUAUGAUUUUCUAGAUGGCAUUAUCCCGAAUUCUGAUCAGAAUGGGUUUCUCACAAGAACACCUCAAAAUCAACAAAAACAACAAUCAGGACCUAAUCAACCUGCUAAUCGUUAUCCAAUUGCUAAUAACAAUUAUGGCCUCAACCCAAAUCAACAAUCACAGGGAAAUGUUGGUGAUAAGACAGUUAAUCAAGGAUUUGGAUUAAGUGAUAAUCCCUCUGAUGGUUACAAUGAUCAAUCAGAUGAAGCUGAAUCACCAGAAUUGGGUCAACAGGGUGAGGAUGCUAAUCAAGGGACGGAAAAUGAUAGCGGAGAGGAAAAUGUUAGUGAUAAUGGUGAAGGUGAUGGUGGGAAUAAUGAACAAGUGACACCAAAUGAGGAAGGUGAAUCUGGUGAAGAGCCAAGUGAUGAAAGUGUUGCUAAUGAUGAAGGUGAAGGUGAAGGUGAAGGCGAAGGUGUAACUGGAAGCGAGGGGGAAGUUGGAGGUGAUGGUGGUGUUGAUAGUGCAAGAGAUGAAGGUGCUGGUGAUGGCGGUGAGAAAACUCAGUUUGAUGAUUCUGACUCGACGAAUGGUGGUGAAGGUGAUGCUGAAGAAUCUGCAAAUUCUGAUGAAGCGACUGACGCCGAUGGUUCGGCUGGUCAAGGUGGGGAACAAGAUCCAUCUAAUGAUCCUGAUUUAGCGCAAUUUCAAAAUUUUCAAGGUGGAAAUUUUCCCGGUGAUUUAUUUCCACCCGGAAUAUUGAGUCAACAAGAUUUAAAUGAUAUUCAAAAGUCCAUUGAAGAGCAGCAAAAGAAAGAAGCAGAAAAACAAAAGAGUGAAGAAGAAGCCGCCGCAGGCGAUCAAAGUGAAGGCGGUGAAGGUGAUGGUACUGGUGAGGAAAAUACUGGCGAGGGUGAAGGCGAAAAUGGCGGAGAAGGAGAAACUGACCAACCAGCAGCAGCUCCUCCAGUAAACCCAUACACACCUGAUGCUGGAUAUGGUCAACCGAUAAACAAUCAAGCCAAUUUAUUGGCGAUCAACAGAGCGAUAGUUGAGCGAAACCGAAAUCCAGGUUUAAUGGAGAAUCCAAAUGAAAAUCGAUACGGUGGUAAUAAUGGCGGUGGCUUUUCUAAUCGUGGUGACUUUGGAACCGGAAUUCAAGAUUACGAAUAUGAAAGACCAAAAGUCAAUCAAGAUGAGGACGAAACUCCUAAUCGAUUAAGAGAUAAUCCUCUUUUCAAUAGAAAUCGUUUCAUCCCUUCCCAUCGUAGAGGAUCAAAUGAAGGUGAAGAUGAAGAAGAUGACAGAGAUGAGAGGUCCACCCCACCACCACCACCACCUUAUUUGAGAAACCGAUUCUCUAAUCGAUUUGAACGGUUCAGGCCAAGAUUAUUUAACCGACCAGGUCGAUACAAUAACGAUCUAGGUGAUUAUGGUGUUCACAGAGCGAAUUCAAAUCAACAGCAAACAAUAGACUUCCAAUCAAAUCAAUAUCACCCUUACAAUAACAAUUUUAACCCUUCAAGUGACAACAAAAAUUAUUUUAAACAGUCAAUCAAUCAAGAAGACAAUCAAAGUGUAAUUAACUACGACAACAACGAUUAAUUAAUCAAUGAAAAAAAAACAACAACAACUUAAACCAUCAACAUGUAAAUGAUUAUAAUUGUAAUCACAAUUUCAUAUUUGUAUCAUUUUGUAUUGUAAUUUUCUAACAUCACGAUAAAUGUGAUUCUUUAUUCUUCAAUGAUUAAAGAAAAUUUAAUCAAUUGAUUAAAAAACAA